AUGUGCGGCUUCAUCUUUGGAACUCCAUACCGUCCGGGAGACCGUUACCAUGGUCUGUCACUCGUCGAUCGAGCCGUGUCUCACCGUUCUUCGACGCAGCGGCGGCAGUUCGCUGGACCGAUCACGUCUCAGCAUAUUCAAUGUGGCUGUCGAAACGGAGCGACCAGUAUCCCUCUCCUCUUCAUUCCAUCGAUGAAUUUCACAGGGCGGCAAGUGAAGAGAAAAGGCUCUGGGGGCAGCCAAGGCUCGCAGCCCGAACCAAAGGCACUAAGUUCGCGGGGCAGCGGUUCCCCGGAACUAGCGCCAACACGCUCGGUCCUCCGGGGGCGGCGGAAGCCUAGAACUCGAGCAAGAUGCGAUGAGACACAUCUCGCUGAUCACUCUCCUCCUCAAGCCGGAAGCGUUCGGUCCAUUACCAUCCGCUUCAAUGCACAAACAUUGGAGUCACGGAACGGCUCAUCUGCUGGCAGACUGCUGCGUGUGGCUCUUGUGCAUCUUACGUCGAAGGAGCCGACUCGUUCCAUAGUUCCGGCUGUCUACAGCAAAUUCCUUCCUAGAGGCGAACAUCAACCAUGGACUUCUCAAAGCCAGAGCACCUUUGUCCUCGACCUGCGCAGCGUUGUGGAUUCGCAGCCGGCGCUGGCUCAGCUUGUCGACGUGCUGAGCAACCUGCCAAAGACAUCCAAGCCUGCCAUCUUCGCCGAUUUUGAAGGCGUGAAUCUCUGCAGACUGGGCAGCAUUUCUAUCAUCCAGCUCCUGGUGCAGCCGGAAGACCAUGUGUAUCUGAUCGACGUCCAUGUCCUGGGGCCCCUUGCCUUUACGACCAGCGGGAAAAACGGCGAUACACUCAAGACCAUCUUCGAGUCUCCCGAGAUCCUCAAGGGCAUUUUCGACGUCCGCAACGACUCCAACGCGCUUUAUUUCCUUUACGGGGUAGCCCUCCAGGGCGUCGAGGACAUCCAGUUGAUGGAGGUGGCUUGCCGGCGAGGACUGCAGACGUACCUGAGUGGCCUUGCCCGGUGCAUCGAUUUGGACCUCAUCUCCCUGGGUUUUGGUGAAAAGAGGGUGUGGAAAGCAGCCAAGGAGAAAGGCGGCAGACUGUUUCGGCCGGAAGCGGGCGGGUCGUUUGAAGUUUUCAAUACUCGUCCGAUGCUCGAGGACAUUCGGGCGUACUGCGUGUGCGAUGUCCAGUAUUUACCGAAGCUCAGAGAUCGGUAUUGGAAUCGCUUGCCGGUGGCAUUGCGCCAUCUGGUGCAGCAAUUUACAAAUGAUCGGAUUCGAGAGUCGCAAACCUUGAUCUAUGAGCCGAACGGGCGCCACAAGGCCCUGAGUCCCUGGGCGAACUAA